GUCAGCAGAGAAGCGCUAUGGGAGUGAGGUAGCGGAGUGAUUUGCUUCAACGCACAUUUUGUCAAUGACGCGGACUCUUUUUUAUACAGUUGCCGAAGACGCGACGGCGUAAAGCUCCUCCCGGUGUGUGCGGUGUCGCUGCCCCUCCCGAGCGGGAGUGAAGAGGCGGAGGGAGAAGGGAGAAAACGGGAGGGGUGGAAGGAGUUCGUGGAUAGAAUGGAAGACAAGAAAGAGGAGGGCGAGUCCGAGAUUCAGGAGCACGGGCCUGAGCACUGGUUCAGCAAGUGGGAACGACAAUGUCUGGCCGAGGCCGAACAGGAAGAUCAACCGGAGGAGGAGGCCGAGCAGAGUCAGCAGAAACUCUGGCAUCUGUUCCAGAACUCGGCCACCGCGGUGGCGCAGCUCUAUAAAGAUCGUGUGUGUCAACAACAAGGAUUGUCACUUUGGGUCCCUUUCCAGAAUGCUGCAACUGCUGUCACAAAUCUGUACAAAGAGAGUGUUGAUGCACAUCAGAGGAGCUUUGACUUAGGAAUCCAGAUAGGUUAUCAAAGACGUAACAAGGAUGUAUUAGCUUGGGUAAAAAAGCGUCGAAGAACUAUUCGAAGAGAGGAUUUGAUCAGUUUUCUUUGUGGGAAAGUUCCCCCUCCACGGAACUCGCGUGCUCCCCCAAGACUGACUGUUGUAUCCCCUAAUCGAGCUACUCCAACGGAAACUGGAUCAUCUGUAGAGACUGAUUUGCAGCCUUUCAGAGAAGCAAUAGCUCUCCAUGGUCUCAGCGGUGCAAUGGCUAGUAUAAGCGUCCGCUCAAGUACUCCAGGCUCACCAACUCAUGUAAGUGGCAGUUCCAACACUGGCCGCAGGAGAAAUGGACUUCAUGAUGUGGACUUAAACACUUUCAUAUCCGAAGAAAUGGCACUCCACUUGGACAAUGGUGGCACUAGAAAGCGUUCCUCGGCCCAAUGCGGCGAUGUCAUUACAGACUCACCAACCCAUAAACGCAACAGAAUGAUCUAAUGUGCAACAAAAAAAAA